AAUACUUAAUUAUAUAAAAUAAAAGAUAAUAUUUAAUUUCUUCUAAAUGAAUAUUUAUGAUGAGAUUGAGAUAGAAGAUUUUGUAUUUGAUGAAGAACUUGAAAUAUAUCAUUAUCCAUGCCCAUGCGGUGAUCGCUUUGAAAUAUCACUUGAUGAUUUAAAGGAAGGUGAUGAUAUUGCAUAUUGUCCGAGUUGUUCUUUAAUGGUACGUGUGAUUUAUGACCAGAAUAUGUUUACGCAAGACAACGAAGAAUUAAGUGUACAAUACAAGCUUGUUGUUUGAAUAUUAAUGGAAUUUCAUACAUAAAAAUAAUAUUAUCUAAUUUUUUU